AGCAGUAAUAAUAUAGUGUAUGGUACUUAAAAAUGAUCAAGGCAUAUUUAAUAUGGUAAUUUUUGGAAAAAAAUAACAACAAAGUAUUUAUAUGUGUAUUGAAUGACUGAUAAAAUACUGUAUAGAAGCGUUCUAUUCUUAAAGUUCAGCGCUGUUACUAUUAUUAAUAGUAAUACUACGUAAUAUUAAAUACAACUAUAAAUUGAAAUGCUCGCUGAGGAAGAAAAACCAAAACAACCACAUGUGUCAUCGUCAAAUACAAACAGACUUACAACAGAUGUAUCCACCGUACGGAAAAGUAUAAGCCUGAAAUGUGUUUUUUGUAUGAACGAUUUAAUUCUUGGGGAAGUUAAUGUACCAAAAAUGCUUCCUUGUCUGCAUAGUGCAUGUCGAACUUGUGUCCUCAAAAUAGGAAUCAAUGACGUAGUAACGCAAACAGUGACUUGUCCUAGUUGUAAACAAGGAAUUGACAUGAAUAGGGCCAUUGAUCACUUCUUGUUACUAGAACACAUGACUAAAGCAGAACACGUGUGGAAAAGAGGGACAGAGAAAUCAGUAUUAUGUACAAGUUGUGAUGAUGGAAAUUCUACAGUAGGUUUUUGUGUUGAAUGUCAGGAAUGGCUCUGUAAUGUGUGUAUUGGUGCACAUGAACGUGUACGUCUUACCAAGGGCCACAGAAUUCAACAGCAAGAAGAGAUGAAAAAAGAUGUUACAGAAGUUUUACAGAAGUAUAUGUUUUGUCCCAUCCAUAAAAAGGAGCAGGUGAAAAUCUAUUGUGAGUUAUGUAACAAGUUGAUAUGUGGAGACUGUCAGUUAUUGGAUCAUAAGGACCACAAAUAUCAGUUUCUUGCUACCGCUUACGAACAACAUAAAGCCCAUCUUAAUGACCUUUUGUCCAAGAUUCAGGAGAAACAUAAAUACGUCAGAAAAGGAAUUGAAUUAAUUGGGAAAAGAGAAAAAGAUGUGAAUGACAGAGAGCAUCAAGUAGCUCAGGAGAUCAAGUUGUUUGUAAUUAGGUUCAUCAGAAAAUUGAGUCAGCGAGGAAAGCUACUUAUUGAAGAAUUAAAUGAUGCAUGUAACAGUAAGAAACAAGUACUUUCAGUAAAGAAUAAAAAUCUUGUUGAACUGUCUGAAAAACUUCAGUAUUGUAUGAACUUCGUUGAAGAAGUAAUUAACAGUGGGAGCUGUUUUGCCUUAUUGUACAAUAGAAAAGCCAUGACAGAACAGCUACAGUAUGUUCUAAACCAACGCUGUGAAGUUCCAAAUCCAAAUAAUUCAGUAAAUAUCCAAUUUUUAUACGAGACUGAGUUUUUCAGUGAUUACAUAAGCCAACUUGGUUGCCUGAUUGUUGAUCAUAAACCAGUAGAAGGUAAGCCACCUGUAGGAGUUUUAAGAAGUUUGGAGCCUUCACGAGAAUCUCAUCACUCAAAUAUCUCGCAUAAUACUCAGGUCACUAGCACAUUAAGUUCACCAACCUCUCAAUCCAAUACUAGCAGCUCGUUAUUAGGUCAGCUACAACAUUGUAAUAAUCUGACAUCAACAUCACAACAUCGUAACACACAGGUCUUUUCUCAGCUACUGUCAUCCACCUCUUCAACUUUCAAGCCUUGGGUAAGCCAUAUUUUGGAAACUUCAGACACUACACCUGGACGAGAACUGUCACAAGUAUCUGCUCUCAGAGAUUCAACAUCUUCAGCUGGAGAAUUUCAAUCUAACACUGGUGGUACAAGUUUAGAAAAAAACAUAUUUACUGUUACCACUGAUAAUUCAUUAGGAUUCACUAGUAUUAGUGUUCCUUACAUCCAGUCUUCUGAGCAAAGAUCUGUGAUUUCCACUACACAAACAGGGUCUCUGAACAACACUGUAACACCACAUCUAAAACUAGGAACUCCUGGUCUUCUGUCACUGAAUGAAAGAAACACAGCUGUGUGCUCAACUCUACCAUUGUCAGCUGAAAAAACGUUACUAAAUUUGAGUGUGAAACAAGAGUCUGGAAUCCAACCAAAUCAAUGUUUUGGUGCCAAAGUUCCAUCCUAUUCACUUCUAGAUAAAGAAUCAGUUGUUUACACUGCCUCUAGAACUUUGAGUGAAUUUGCUGAUCAAUCACAAAGGAAGGUAUCUGAUGCUGGUAUUUUGCAAGACAACAUAAGACCUAGUUUCUUUCAAAAAAAGGUUUUCGACACUGAAAGUUUGAAUCCAGAAAUCCAAGAAUGUAACAAUCACAGUCCCAUUUCUUCAACAUCAGAGGCUUGCCCUAUAAUCAUAUCAAUUACAGGAAGUGAUGGCUCUGUACAUCUCCCUAGUGAAGUGGAAACUCUGAAGUCCAUCACAGAAAAGACAAAUGAAUUGAAAAACUUGGAAGUAAAUAGUCAUGAAGAAAUGGAACAUAUAGAUAAUUCAGUUGCAAAAACAGAUAGUUUGAGAAAUUUACCUAUUUUAUUGGAUAAGAGCAGAUUUUGUGAUGGAUCUGUUGAAAGUGUACAAGACAAUAGAAACGAAGGAGCUUUAUAUGUACCUCAAACUUUAUUGGCAAGGAGCAAAUCUUGUGACCUCUCUUUUGAAAGUUUACAAACCUUCAGUAGCCAGGAAAUCUUGCCUGUAUCUUCAGCUUCAUUAACUAGAAGCAAAUCUUGUGAUAUUUAUGUCAGAAGUUUAUUAAAUAGCAGUAGCCAAGAAAGUUUGCCAGCAUCAAGAGACGUGAGAUGCAGAAUUCUACAAGAAACACAUGAUGUUAGCUUUGCACCAAACAAGAAAAGCCUUUUUAACCAUCUAGAAAUUUCUCAUUGUGAAACUAAAGACCAACAAAAACAAACAUCAAAUGGACCUAUCAACAAAUGUGUUACCAUUGGUGAUGACAAUGCAGAGAGUAGUAGUGAUGAGUCAUUUGAAGAUUGGUGUGCAGUAUGCCAUGAUGGUGGAGAACUACUUUGUUGUGGUGCAUGUCCACGUGUAUUCCACCUACGGUGUCACGUUCCAUCUCUUACUUCCACCCCAAGUGAGAACUGGACUUGUCUUAUGUGUCUGGAUGUAAAAAAUUCAACUUUACCAAAGGGAUAUACAGGAACAAAAAGGAAAGCUACAGUUGGCCUGAAUGGACGAGGAUUGCUGUGCUGUGAGAGAAUUCUUCUAGAACUGCUUUGCCAUGAUUCAAGCUCACCAUUUCACCAACCUGUUAGCAGAGCUGUUCCCAAUUACUACAAAGUUAUCACAAAACCAAUGGACCUGAUGACUGUCAAACAGAAGUUAUCACCAACUCAUUUCAGCCAUUAUCAGGAUGAAGAAGAAUUCAUAUCUGAUCUUAGACUGAUAUUUAUCAACUGUUGUACAUUUAAUCCUGUGGGGUGUACUUUGUAUAGUACUGCAAGACUUUUAGAAGAUUAUCUACAGAAGCUGUUGAAGAAUUACUUUUCCCAGCAGUGUUCUGAUCAAGAACUGGAGGUAGCGAAUCAGACUUCACCUACCAGCUCAGAAGAAUUUUUACCUCCAGAUAAAAGACAAAAAUUGGAAUGAUUUGAUCAGUAUGAUUCCAGGUUUGAUAUAGCAUAUAGAUAAAUAGUUUAUAUUUAACACUAUCCGUACAUUCAGUGGCAGUUGAGGUUGGAUUCACACAUUAAAUGAUACUACUUUACUAGACUGGACUUCAGUGUCGUUUAGUAAUUUUAUGACUAUUUGUUUGUAAAGUGAUUUAGGAUUUAACUCUAGAACUGUAAUUAAUGCAGUCAAUCUUUAUACACUGUUAGGCUUUGUUGACAAGAGGUUCAGUGUGACUAUACCCUGUUAGGCUUUGUUGACAAGAAGCAUUUGUAAUUUUAUCCUAUUAGUCUUUUUCGACAAGCACUUUACAUUAUUGUACAGUUUUUAAGCUUUUUCAACAAGAAUUUUUUUUGUGAUUAUAUAUCUUGUUAGGUUUUGUUUACAAGAAGUUUUUUGCGAUUAUACCCCGUUAAUCAUUUUUUACAAGAACUUUUAUGUGAUUAUACCCCCCUUAGGCAUUAUUGACAAGAGGUGUUUUGUGAUUAUACCCUGAUAGGCAUAUGUGAUUAUGGCCAGUUUGAAAAAAUGCUUUGUGCAAUUCACAAGGUAAACAUUUUUUUUUACAAAGUUAUCUUUAGCAAAUGUUAAUUGAGUUUAAAUAAUUGGACCAUCUUGCAAUCACCAAAAUUUAUACUAAUAAGUUUGCUUCUAUGCAGUUGUACUUGAAUAGUAUAGCCUUAAAUAGUAUUUCUACAUUCAUUAGAUUUUCACUGACCACCUUUGGAAGACUAUCUUCAGAAAGUGCUUGACAAAAUGUUUGUUUUAAGUUAAUUCCUGAUGCAUGAAUAUACUUGUUCAUGUUUAUUCAACUAGUACCAUUUCUUUCUUUUUCAUUCUAUUAACUAAUACUGUUUGGCUCUUGUUCAAGUUAUUUUCUGUAGGGCUAAUCUUUAGGCAGUUUAUGAGACCAUAAGGAACACAUAUAAAGGGAGGAAUGGAGCAAGUUAAAUGAAACCUUAAUUUUUGUGCUAAUAUGCAAUGAUUACCAUUACAUAUUUUGCUUUUUCCCUUGGUUCAUGGCAGUAUACUUCACUAACUCUCUGUAUGAAACUUCCUGAUGUAUGAAGAGUAACAAUUCUGUAUAGCUGAGGAUUGCACUAAAACUAAGUUAGUUAAAUAAGUAAUGUAGCACAGACCAAUUAACGUUUUUGUUUUUAAAUACAGAACUCUGAUAUUAUUUAUCUUGCAGGUCUUGAAAAUGUCUGAAGCUUCAGUUAUUCUUGGGUUCAAGACAGUGAAGUAAUGUUAAGGAAUUUUAUUUGUCUGAACUCAAACCAGGAAGUUCAUGUUGUUGUCAAUGAAGAAAAAUCCAGUUUCAUUUUGUAAAUAAAGGUUUAAAGCAAAA